GACAGCGGCCAGCGGGGGCGGUUUCAACGCGGCUUUGGUGAACGACCCCGAGUGGAGAUGCAGAUGGCCGCGACCCUGUUCGACCAUAGUCGGUCUGUUGGUCCGCAUCAGCAUCGACGAGUCUGCCCUGGCGGAUGUUUCGGGGCUGACCGCGCACGCAGACACGGACUACAUUGUCAAAACAUGGCGGGGCGCAUUGCUGCUGAAUGGCGUUACCGAGGAGGGGGAGAUCCACGUCGCGGGCGCAUUCGAGCAUCUAGUUGGCCGCGACGACGCAGCGUGCCUCACGAAGGUGGGGGUGCAGCAGAAUAAGGGUGGCACCAAAGGUCCAGUGCCCGACGCUUCUGUGGCGGCGCAGUCCUUCUUCGAGGACUUCGUUGGAUCCGCGGAUCUCCCAUCGAAGCUCGCUCGAUGCGUCUUGGGUUCCGCGGGCGAGUCGACCAAGUGGGAGCAGUUCUCGACGGCCGUGGAACAAGCGUCCCCUUGCAAGAUGUGCCUCAGUAGUGGCGUGCUGGGCUGCCCCGACAACGUUUGGGCCAACGCGCCGCCGCAGGAUGCCAUGGGGAGGAAUGGUAACCAGGCUGGUCCGUGGGCCAGGGUGGCGCAG